GCAAUAUCUAUUUGAUUAUAGUUAUUUUGUUCCUCUAUUCAUCCUAUUCUCCUUUAAAGAGUACCAAGGAAUAUUCAAUAAAGAGAAAUAACUUUGAUAUAUCAUGAAGCGCCGACCGUCAAGGCAUUCUUGACAGCAUAUCAGGCUGAAAAUCAUCCAUAUCCAAUGGAACUGACCAGGAUGUGACCAUCGAUUCAGCCUUGCAGCACGGAUGAGUUGGCAACGUGGCUGAGUCGGUGAAAGAUAUGAGUCCAUCGUUUCCCCUCAACUUCAACUUUCCAUCUCUCUCGGCUUCACCUUCUCAAACAACUUGCCAUGGGAGACCCCUUCUCUGCCGCUUCAAGUGCCGUUGGCAUCAUCUCCCUCGGUCUGGCGACCUGCCAGCAGAUUGUCGACUACUGUUCUGCAUGGCGAGACUGCGACCAGGACAUUCGAGAUCUCCAGGACAAGGCUGGGGGAUUGGGUAGCACAUUGAUCUCCCUGCAACAGUAUCUUAUUGCAAGACCAGCGACGGAUCUAAUGCGAAACGAUAUCGAGAUUAAACUGCAAUCCUGUCAAAGUGUUAUUGGAAGGCUAAAAGUGAAGAUCAAAUCGUAUCAGCUCACCUCAUCGUCGUGGACCGACCAGAUACGCCAUGUCGGACACAAGGCAGUCUAUCCUUUCAAGAAGGAGGGGCUGCUGGAGAUGAGAGACCAUCUGCAAGAGAUCCAGUCGAAUCUGAAUUCAUCUCUUCUUGUCUCGCAAUUAAUGCAGACAUGCAGUCUUCUUACCACAGUUACUGAUCAUCAUGUCUCGACUACCGCAUCUCUAGUGAGGAUGGAGUCGGAGAUUGCAGUUCUCCAGCGUCUUCUUUCCAGCCCAGCCUUGCUCCAACAGGCCUGCAACGCCGAUGAAGCCAUCCAAGCCACACAGAACGUGUAUAUUCCAAGACGCCCGCAGCGAGGCUGUCAAUGCCCACUGAAGCCGUUCUCAGCAGGGCAAAAGAUGCACUUUCCAACUUGUCCUCGCUUCCGGUCAUCGAAACAGUCACAGACAAACAGUAAUAAGUGGUCUUUCACAAGCCAAUUGCUCGGAAUGUCUGUCAGCGUCAUGUUCGCCAGCAAUACAGGCAAUGGCGGGUUUUCCAUCUGUCCUCUUCUUCAUUUUCGUGCAAUAGUUCCAUACGACCAUCCAUCUUUCAAGGCAAUCGCGGAACUCAGGAAGCCCUUUAUAACAAUUGAGGAUAUAGAAAACACAAUAAAUAAACUCCACGAUCUUUUUUCGCGAGGGAAGGCUUCGCCUACCGAUGUCGACAGCAAUGGAAAGACAAUCCUGCAUCGAUGUUGCUUCUCAGUCGAUGGUAAAUUAUUACCCAGUUUGAGUCGCCUUGUCCAGUACAUGAUUGAUGCAGGAACUCCCUUGGAUGUUGUUGAUAACAACUUUGGUUAUAGCACACUCGACUCGCUUCUUCGAAUACCUGACAUUCUAGAUCACGUGACCUUGGAUCCCAUAAUCCAGUCCAGUUCAAGUAUAACUCCAGGAGUCCUAGGCUAUUACACGGCAUUGAACUUCAAACUGAACCUGCAACGGAUUGCAAAUUUCCUAGAUCCAGAUGUCUUUAACGACGUUGUGAUCGCCAUUUUUCGACGGUCAAAAGAUGAUCUGAAACUCGCAGUUACAUCUUUUCCCUUCUUGUUGAAUACUAAAAUUCGAUCUAUUCUACCCAUUGAAUUGUCUGCAGAUUGGGCAGAAGGCAUCGAGAUUCUCCUCGCAGCUGGGGCAUUGCCAAGAGGAUACGCACUUCAGCUCGCAGUUGAGACAAACAGCCUUGCUUCCACGAGAAUGCUUCUAAGAGCAGGCUGUGAGAUUGGCCUUUUCUUGUUUGUAUUGUCAAUAUCAACUUCCUUGUUAAACCUUCUGGCAACGGAAUUGGCAUCCCGACGACAGCAAUUGAAGGAUCUGGCCAAACUCCAUCUACCUUCUGCAGAAUUAGCCCGGCUGGGCAUUGUCGAGGAUGAACUUCCUGAUUCGCGGGCCAAAGAAAUCUGCGAGUCCCUAACCGCAGCAGGAGUGGCCGUCGAUCAGAAACUUAUAGUCGAAAGGACAGACUCUGUCUUUCAUUACUGCGAAACGAUUGAAUCCUUGGAGUUGCUCUACAAUGCCGGCUUCAAGCAGGUGGAUGAUAUAAAUUACGACGGCUGGACACCAAUAUUGAGAGUGGGUGAUUCUUACCUUCACAAAGACAUCCUGCCAAAAGCACACUGGUUACUCUCGAAAGGUGCCGAUGCUUACCGCCAUUACCCGGGAUCGACCUGGACAUUUUUCCACCAGUUGUUUGAGGGGUUGACUUGGUGUAGUCGAAAAGCUAUCUUGACUUACUCUAAGAGCUUGAAAGACUCCAAAUUGCUUUCAAAUGUAUCGCUGGAAACAAUGGUGGACGACUGCUGCUGCGCCUGCUCGGGGAACGGCUGUUCUCCCGAGUUGGUCGGAUUCAAGGGUUUACUGAAUGACAGCCUGGAUCACCCCUUUUUGAUGAGAUAUUUUGAUGGCAUUUUUGAGGCAAUGGUGACUAUAAAUCCCAAGCAGAGUCACACAGCCACACUUGUCAUCCGGCUGUUCACCUUCACAGAGCUGGACCUCACACAUACCUGCUGCUACUACUUGCGUGAAGGAAGAGGACCACCUCCCGAAAUCGAAAUUGAACGCAUCCAAGAGGAGGACACUGAUUGUCUGAAGGAACUAGAAGAAUUGUUGAAGGAGUUCAACAUGGCAUAUACCACGCUCAAUGUUCCGCUGUUACAAUUUCUGCGGGGAUACUGGAAGAAGCGCAUGAUGGAGAUCAAGACGAAAGGCCCAGAUGAGGAGGAUAUUAUACAAGGUCAAGAACUGGGGGUGUUUUUGAAAUUGGAAAGGGAGAAACUAUGGCUGAAUCCUUGGAUUGAGUUUCUUGUUGAAAGCUAGUUGCAUCGUGUGUGUUUAUACAGUGACUCAAAUGGGUUAUAUAUACUAUAAGUAUACUACUCGGCCUUUGCAAAAGGACAGCCAGUGGCCUCUUUGCCAACCUGCCGGAACAUCUCGACCGGAUCAUACCAGACCUCAAUCUUCUGCAGUUGAAGUUUGUCGUUGACCUUGGCGACGACAAUCCCUUGGAUAUCAAUCGGGCCACCGUGAGACUCGAUAGUGACCUUUUCACCAGAACUAUUCUAUUAGAAAGAGGAAUAUGAAGAUAGAG